GCUUGGACGGAGAUAGUGUUUCCAUUGUACGCUGGACGCAGUUCUAUUUCGGGUUCCGUGUGAGCGUCUGUGGACAGCCACCGUAGUGCGGGGAUUUACCGGCGCAAGAGAACUGUCGUACGGCCGCUGUUCGUCGUGAGAUGCAUUUUACUACAUCGGUCGCUGGCGACGAAUUGGCUAGUUUCAGAUUUUGCUGUGUUAUGCUUCGCGUAUCGACCAGCCGUCGGAAAAGUUCGUGUGUACGAGUGUUACACUGCUGAGACUUGAGACUGAAAGCGAGUGUUCUGUGGUCACCGGAGACUGUUUCUUCAGUGACUGUUCGCGGCGAGUGACUCGUUGGUGACUGUCGAUAGUGUGCUACGACGACGCUGCCGAGAUGAACACCUUGGAUAUGCCCAUGAGCUACGUGCCCGCGCUGGACGAGCAGGACGCUGUCGGCAAGGAUGCGGGAAUGGAGACCCUGCCGGUGGAUCUGAUGGCUCUGAUUGACGACUGUUCCGCCGACUGGGCGAACGAUGAUAGCGAAGACCUACUCGCAGCACUGGGAGGCGAAUCUUUCGAGCAGGCGUUGGAGGAGGGAGUGACACUGCUGGAUGGCGGCUGCGGCCUGAUCGAGGAGGACGUGAUGGAUUUCGUGGCCGAAGAGAUAGCGGCGGCUCCGUGUGCGGAUGUAGAGUCGGAAGCUCAGCCGGCCGAGACGGCUGACGGCGCGUCAUCUCAGCCCACGACGCCUUGCAAGUACGACGAUCCGCUAUUGUAUCCGGCCUUCUUGUCUCCGUUCUCGUUAUGUUCCAUAAAGUACGCAGACAAGGCGGCGUGCCACCCGGGCGAAAACAUUUGGAAGAAGUUCGAGUUCCCCACGGAAGUGGCGAGGGAUGAGAAUCCACUGGUGGACUUGAAGGAAUACGCCAAGAAGUUUCAGAAGCGCAUCCCGCAUAUAGAUUGGGACGCUGAACUGGCGUACUACGAGCCCGCGGCAGAGAGGUCGUCGAAGCGGAACGGCGUCAAAGAAGAGCGCGAUAUUAUGUGGAGUCUGCCGCAGUACGACUUGUCUUACCGUCCGUUGCCGAUGCUGACCCCGGCGCAGCUGCGGCGGAAGCUGAUGGAAGAGGACACUCCGAGGCGGCCCGGCGGCGCCGACGCCGCCGUGGCUGUCACCCCUGACAACAGCCUGCUGCUGGCCAACCGAUCCACCACUGUGCCGGCCGCGUCCGCCAUGAAGUCUCGGCCGAUGCGCAGCCUCCUCAACACCAAACAGCAACAGCAACACGUCGUCAAGACCAGCUCUCGAAGCCUGUUGCUGCCCACUGCGAGAACGAAGGUCCAGGCGGCGGCAGGUGCCGCAGCAACGCAUGCUGUUGUCAAACAGAUGGCUCCGGCGACGACGACCUGCGAUCCGGUUCCACCUGCGGAGACGUCAGUUGAGAUCAAGGCAAGUCGAUUGACGGGUCCGGAGGACGGGCCCGUUACAUCGAGCCGUCCGGAGACCCCGCAGUCUAUAACAGAAUCUGAAGACGAAGCACCUGUCUUCCGGCACAAUACUAUAGACACGAUAUUCACCUCGUCUAUGUGCGACCCGUCUUCGUCGACAGUGUACCUGACGCCGAGCGAUUCCAGUGGCAGUCCGAAGUCUACAAUCGGCGAUGAAGACGACGAUGAUGAUGACGAGGACGAAGAGGAGGAAGAGGAUUACGAACAUCAGAACUUGAGAUCUCCGCCGGAAUCUGUGAUUAGGGAGGAGAGACCUGCACGGACAGUUUUGCCCUACAUUAGUGAUCACAGUUACCAUCUCAGCAAGAGCAACGUGCGGAUAGACGGCCUCGGCGUGCAGACUCCUUCGGAUUCUGGACGUCCAUUACAAUCCGAAGAGUGGGAUAACGAUUUGUAUAACCGAACCUCAGGCUACGCGAGUUCGGAUUCUGAGGAGGAGAUCGACGUGGUGUCGCUGGGCGGCGACAAGGGGACCGCGCGACUUCCCAACAACCCGAGCGCGCGCGACCGGCGCCAGAUCCAGAUGAAGGUGGCCACGGCCAUCCACCGCCAGAGCCGCCCCGACGCGGCGGACUCGUCCUCGGCCUCCAGGAAGCGGCAGGCGGCGCCGACGACCGGCAGGAGCAGCAGCUCUGUGAAGCGUGCGCGCAACGCGACGGCGCCGCUGGUGCUGGGCCGCGGCAAGGGCAAGGGGAAGGCGUUCGGCGCCGGCAGGGGCCGCCGGAGGGCCAACGCGGACGAGGAGCCCGACCCGUGCGAGAAGCGCUCCAUGCACAACAGCAUGGAGCGCCAGCGCCGCAUAGACCUGCGCAACCUGGUGGAGCGCCUGCGGACCGUCGUGCCCGCCACCGAGAACAACAAGCGCGCCGCCAAGGUGGUCAUCCUGCGCGAGGCGGCCAAGUUCUGCCGCGAGAUGGCGGCUACCAUCGACAGCCAGGAGGUGGAGCUGCGCUCUCUGCGCUCCCAGCAGACCGGCCUGCAGCGGACGCUGUCGUCGCUGAGGACCGAGCUGGCCCUCAUCAGGAUGCGGGACGAGCAGGACAGCUGCUUCGGCAACGACUACUUCACCGUCGAGGAGAUAAAACCCGAGCCUGUAGAAGUGGACGAAGACUACCGGGAGUACGGCGGGUUUUAAUCUCGCCGCGUCGGCCUGUGAGGGACACUGUAAUUUUAAUAACUUCAGUACAGACUCGCAGCUGUGGGGUAUCUGAUUUGUAGCACUCGACACGAAUCGGUGCUACGGGCUUCGGAGUCACUGACGCUGCACGCUUGUGGUUAGGACCGACGCGCAGGUCCCGAGACGGCUAGAUUUUUGUGGAUUGUGGCCACUUGGUAAUAACUGCAUUCGCUCGGAAUAUUAAAAAAAGGCUUGUCAGAUAGCAGUUAUUUUUUUUAUGCGACAUUAGGGUUGGCUUCUAUUAAAACUUUGUGCCGAAAUAGCACACGGACUUUGUUCUGCAUGCUUACUCCGAAAGGACUCUCUUGCUGCUUCGUAGUUUCCCACGUGAGAUGGGAAUGCGUAGUGUAAGAUCGGAUACCGUUUGGCAUUUACGUUAGUUCGGUGUAAAAUACAAUGUAAAUUUAUUAUCAAUGUGUGUACAUAUAAUUGCGAGAGAGAGGUAUCGGGUUCUGUGGGCUGAUUAACUGCGUUCUGUAGUGAGGAUGAAUGAGAACUUCUUAAUUUCCUUUUUUCAUUCCUAGUUUAGAGUGUUGAUCCUCACUCGUGUAACUUACCUCAUGGCCAUAAACACUUUGUAAGUGCACAGAGCUUAGCAGAAGUGAUCGUGUUCAGAUGACUGUUUAACAUAAAAUCAGUGCCCUUUUCCUUCUUCGUACUACUGGAGUACACUAAUUAGCCUGUAACAUGCUAAAUGCCAAAGCCUUUUUGCUCAGUUUCCAUUUCUCAUAGGAGUAGUGUAUAGCUGUAGUUUCCUUUGUACAAACCUAGCAUUCAUUGAGUGCCUUUGAGACUGUUUAAUGUUUGGGUUGUAAGAAAGACUAAAAGCUUCUCUUCAGCUUUAGUUCUUUUCUGUUUAUCAAUGCAAUUAAUUUUAGCUCUGUAGAGGAUAGGCUUUGUAUUCUACACAUAUUGUAAUUUUUUGUAGAUUGAUAUAUGUUACAUAAACUAGUACAUGUCAAGGUAGGGUUGUACCUGAUAUUCAUAUUAAAAGAUUGUUACUGUGUGAUGUGUGCAGUUGCUAGGGCUUUCAUCCCUGUUAUUUUGUUCUUGUUGAUAAAGUUUUUCGUAAUUUUGUAGUACUUGUGGAAUUUUGUAAGCAGUUUAGACAGCUAGUUGUAUACUUUACUGAUUGGGUAAACUUACUGCUUAUCGUACGUGUUACCAUUAAAAUUUUUCAUAUUUGGCAUAUGAUAAUAGUGUCUUGCUAUGAUGUCUGAUAAGAUUUUUAUAUUUUGUUUAUAAAAUGAAGAUUUUUAAAGUAAAUAUAAAACACAGACUUGUUAUGUUUGUGAAGUAGAUACUUUUUGAUUUUUUUUUCUUUUGAAUGCACAAAUUGGAAACACAACUCUUCCCCUAUAGUUUGAAUCUUACAGUGCAGAUUGAAAAUCCUUUUAUAUAUUUGUUAGGAAGUGCAUAGGUGCUACAACAUCCACCAGGCAGGAAUUUUCCAAAUUUAUUGUCAAUGCUUCAGAGAGUAAGCAUCAAAGCUUGAGAUGCCAUUAGUUAAUCCUGAUGUCGAGUAAUAUUUGAUACAAAUUCAUACGUUGUUCAGUAUUUUUAUUGUAGUUUACAGGAAGACGUUAGAGCUGUAGUUAAGGAUUAUCCGUGCGUGCCUUAAUUUUAUUUGUAUUUUGUACCAGUGGCAGAGUUAAUGAGUGUUUUUAAAGGUGUAAUUUGUAUCUGCACAUUUAAUGAGUUUCGGAUUAUGAUGUGGCAAUAAGCUGGUAUCUCCUGUGACAUGAGAAGUUUUCAUUUUUCUCCUAAAAAUCAACUUAUAUGAGGACUUAAAUUAUAUCUAACAUUGAUUUCUGAUUGAGCUAACUGUUUCUGCUUAGUUGUCAGUACAUGGAAAUUAACAAAAUUGGAUUUAUUAUAAAUUUUUGUAAUUGUGGUCACUUUGUAAAUGAUUUAGAGGUGCAUUAUGUAUCAUACUUUCAAAUAGUACUUAAUGUUCUUACAUUUGUACUUAAAUACUUUUUAUUAGAAAUGUUGAAUUGAAUUGAUUCCUU